CUAUCAAAAUGAGUUUAUGAGUCAGUCGUCGUUGAGCAUUGACCGAGAGCGGACGCAUCUAAGGAGCGUAGAGCAUAUUACAUUUUAAACUUUGUAUUUAUUCCCAGAAUUACUUUUAUUUUUAAAUAAAAACCAUCUUGACAGAAUCAGAAGUGGGAUAAGAACAGAAAUCUACAAGGAAUUUCAUCAUUUUGGAUAAGAAUUGCAGAAAAAUACUCAAAGAGCUGAGAAACUAAGGCGUCAAAGUGAUGUAGUAGUGAAGAGCUCAAUGCAAAGCAACAACGACGACCAAAGGAGAAACCACGCAAAGGCACCUAAACUCAAAAGUUCGAGUGAGUUUAGUGAGAGUGUGUAACGUGCUCAAAGAGAGCAAAGGAGAAAGCAUCAAUCAAAGGAGAAUGUACAAAGGUAUACUCAAAAGUGUGAGUGAGUAGGACAACGAUAGUACAUCAAGGAGAUUGAAAGCAAGACAUAAAGAGGGGAACCCCGAAGAAGAAGUUUAAAAAGGGAAAAGUUAACGUAUAUUUUUAGGGCGUGCGGCUUCUAAAAAAAAGGAAUAGUUCUAGAUUUGCUGAAGUAACGAAUUAAAAAGGAAAAUUCACAAGGAAAAGUAUGAAGGUGAAAAUAAGUUCGUUAAAGGUUGCGGAGCUAGACAAAUUAUUACUGGCAAGAAGCUUACCACGAACAGGAAAUAAGUCCGAGAAAAUUGCUAGACUCAUGGCUUGCAAUGGAAAUGACGAAGUGGAAGUUGAAGAUUCAGAGUCACAGGAGGAUUUCCAUGGAUUUGAUGAAGCUGAGACGGGUGAUGAUUCUCUAACAAGUCAAAUGCGAGAGCUAAAGGAUAUAAUGUUGACUCUAGCAAGAAGUGUGCAACAGUUAACAACACUUUCAACAGAAAGGGCUAUUACGUCAAAUGCAGGGUUAAAUUCAAGGGAUACAGAACAGCAAGUUCCAGCUGAAGUAAUAUCAAGACAAUCUGGUUCCGGAACAUCUGGUUGUUUAAAGGAUUACAUAGUAAUGAUACCAGACUUCGAUCCAAUUAAAGGAAAUGUUACAUCAGUCCAAUUCAUUGACAAGGUUGAAACGUUGCAAAGGCUUCAUGGAUGGUCAGAUGAAACAACUUUGUUUGCAGUUCAUCAUAAAAUGAGUGGUGUUGCUAAAAUGUGGAUAGAUGCUUUACCAGUGGUUGAAACAUGGAAAGAGUUCAGACAACAAUUUUUAAAGGAUUUCCCAAGUCGAGUAAGUGUUGCUGACAUUCAUCGUGAACUUAUAGCUAGGAAACGAAACUCGAAUGAGUCUUUGGUGGAAUAUUAUUACGCAAUGUUGGCCAUAGGGAAAAGAGGAAGCGUAGAUGAGGCAUCAAUACUGUCGUACAUCAUAAAUGGUCUCAAUGAUAGCAGCUUAACAAGAACACUUUUAGCUAUGAACCCGCAGACAUGUAGUGAAUUAUUAAGGUCGUUGGAGAAUUUGACCAUACAAACGUAUGCAAGGAAGCAAACAAAGAAUGACGAGGAUGACAAAACCGUAAGUGUCUCAGGUGGAGCGCCAACCAAGGGAGUAAAAUGUUUCAAUUGUAACAGGUUUGGGCAUAUCUCAACUAGUUGCCCACAACCAUUGAAGAAGCCGAAGUGUAGUAAAUGUGCAAAGAUUGGUCACGAUGCAUCGCAAUGCAAAGGUAAAGGUACAACUGUGGCAGCAAUGACAGAAGAGUCUAAGGAUUACUGCCCACCGGUUAUGAAAGAUGUUACGGUCAAUGGUAAGACAUAUGAAGGUUUUGUGGACACUGGAAGCGACUUUACCUUAAUGCGGAAAGCUGUAGUUCCAGAGGGUUGCGAUAUGGAAGUAACGUCAAAAAGAAUGAAAGGUUUUGGUGGAUCUAUUGUUGAAGUGGUGGAAAUGUUUGAGGCUAACGUUGUCAUCGACGAGGAGAGUUUAAUGACUACCAUUUAUGUAGUGCCGAAUGACUUGAUGCGAUAUGACGUUCUCUUAGGAAGAGACGUAUUGUGUAAGAAGCAAACAAAACUUACAAUUGAGCAUGGUGUCUUGAAAGUAAAGUCAACAAUGCCAAGUACAUUUAAUGUCGGAGAAAGUCUGGAUGAGCAUCAAAAGGAAAAAUUAGACCAAAUACUGUCGUCAUUCAAGGACUGUUUUGCUGAAACCCUUGAAGACCUUGGAAAGUGCUUCAAUAUUGUCACAGAUUGCAAUUCCAUAGCAACAACAAAGGCGACGUCUCCAUUACCCCCUCGUAUAGCUAGAUGGUGGUUUAAAUUGCAGGAGUUUGAUUUUACCAUUACUCAUCGCUCAGGUGCCAAGAUGACUCACGUGGAUGGGAUGAGCAGAAGUCCAACGUUACCAUCAAGUCAAUCCCGAACAGUAGCGGAAAAUGUUCUGGCACUCACAACGAACAUUAACGACUGGGUCUAUCAACUACAAAUGUCGGAUAAGAAGCUGAAACACAUCUUUGAAGUUCUCAAUGGUAAUUUGCAAAACGAGGCAAAUGAAAUUAAGCAGAUCAAAGCGGACUAUGUAAUAGAAAAUGGGAGGCUAUUUCGCAAAGUCAACAAUAUGAAACGUAUGGUGAUUCCAGAAAGAGUCCGGUGGCGAAUAACUAAGGCUUGUCAUGAUGAUUUGGGACACUUCGGUGAAGAGAAAACUCUCCAAAGGCUUCAACGUGAUUUCUGGUUCCCGAGAAUGAGACGUUAUGUAAAAUCAUACAUUCAGUCAUGUCCGGAAUGCUGCUACAACAAGGUAAAAGGAGGCAAGGCAGAGGGUGAACUACAUAUUGAGGAAGUCCUACCAAUUCCAUUCAGAAGUAUCAACAUCGACCACAUGGGUCCCUUCCCAAAAAGUAAGAAAGGAAAUCAAUAUGUAUUCUUGAUUGUCUGUUCGUUCAGUAAGUACACCAUUAUAAAGCCAACCAGGAAUACAAAGACUGCUCCGGUUAUAACAGCGCUGCGAGAAGUUAUGUCGAUUUUCGGACAGCCACGAAGAAUUGUAUCGGAUAAGGGAACGGCGUUCACGUCUAAAGAAUUCCAACAGUUUGUGGAAUACAACGGAAUACAACAUGUACAAACAGCAGUCCGAACACCAAGAGCCAAUGGCCAAGCCGAGCGGAUCAACCAGACAGUUUUGAAUGCGUUGAAAUGUCUAGUAGGUGAUACAAAAGAAUGGGACACUGAGACAACGACGAUACAGUGGAGUAUUAACUCGCAGCUGAAUGCGACUACAAAGUUCAGUCCAAAUGACUUAAUAUUCAACUUUAGUCUCAGAGAUGUCAGUUACAAUAGAAUUAUCCAGGCGGUUGGUGAUGAAGAAAGAGAGAAUUUCGAUGUUAGGGUAAUUCAACAGCAGGCUGUUGCUAACAUCCAGAAACAAAAGGAAAAAUGGAAAGCAAGAUUUGACAGCCGUCAUUCCAAGCCAACUCAGUACAAGGAAGGCGAUUUGGUGGUGAUAGACACGGUACCGCAGCCUACAGGAGAAUCGCAUAAGUUGGAUGCGCGGUAUAAAGGACCAUACAUCGUCACGAAAAUUAUCGGAAACGAUCGUUAUCUGGUAGAGGAUCUGCCGGAUUUAAGUUUGAAGCAAAGGAAAUAUUGCGGUGUUAUGUCGACCGAUCAUAUGAAGCCCUGGUGCUAUGGUGAUCCAAGUCUCGAAAUCGAAGAUAAAGAUGAGUCUGAUGAUGUUUCGCCCAGGAGGGACGAAGAGUCAGGAGAGGCCGAAUUGUCAACUAUCAAAAUGAGUUUAUGAGUCAGUCGUCGUUGAGCAUUGACCGAGAGCGGACGCAUCUAAGGAGCGUAGAGCAUAUUACAUUUUAAACUUUGUAUUUAUUCCCAGAAUUACUUUUAUUUUUAAAUAAAAACCAUCUUGACACU